UACAGUACAGCCGCUCCGGGAAAGCUUGUCCGGAAGCAAAGUAGCACAAACAUUGUAAAUUAAUUCCGAAAUAUCCAAAAAAUUAAUCAAAGUCCCUCGAGAGCAUCGUCGCGUGCGUUGUCCUCGCUGCUAUUCAUCCGCUCCCGUUCAAAACAUCGACAAAACCAUGCCCAUGCACUCGAAACACAUCCCCGACUAUCCCGAGCCCCUCCCCGGCUACACUGAGGAGGAACUCCAGGCCAUGUCAAACGAAAGGUUCAGAAAAUGGCACGCAAAUUUUCGCCAGCACUGUGCAAAUGCCGACGACUACUGGAAUGCUGUUUUCGCUGCUGGAUACGACCCUGCUGACAGUCUCAGUGAGUUUCUCUUGUACGACCCCACCCGUGCUCCCACCAAUGGAGCUGCGACUGCUGUGAUACCCACCAACACUACCGAGAGGUCGGUCACCAAUGAAGGUGGAGCCGACAAAACUCUGCUCGUCUCCUCAGAGCGGCUUGUGCUCCGCAUCCCCUCACUCUCAACCAGGAAACGGAUGCAUGGGAACUUGAGAAUGGACAACCAGGACGCCGGUACAGCACCCCACUUGCCCCAGCCCACCUCCGGAGCCCUCAAAAAUCCACGCACCAAGCGCUCCCAGCUUCAAAACCUGUCUCGUCCACACGAAAGGGUCGCGGACGGCCCCCGAACCCAAGCACAGCCGCUCUCAGCUCGGCAGUGAAGGCCCCAGACACGUUCACUGUUUCGCUAACGGUGGAGGUCAUCUUGUAUCCGAAGGAGGAGAAGGGGAGGGGUGGUCGGGUGAAGUUUAAGGAGCAGGACCCCCUUAGGUAUGGUCCUAAAGUUAUCACUCAGGAGGCGGCUGCGUCGUGGGAGGGCUUUCUCGAAAUGCUAGCCCGUUUGGUCCAAACGAAGCCCGACAACCAGUCCGGAUGGUCUGACGACCAUGGUGGGGCAAAUCAAAGCGAAUGCCACUCCUUCUACCGUGGUGGUUGUGACGAUGAAUCCCCCAAAGAAAAAUGCGAAGCUCC